AUGGGCAAGAGACAAGCGGGCCCCGCCUAUGUCCUUGGCGUGGGAAUGACCAAGUUCAUCAAGCCCCGGGGCAAGGUUGACUACCAUGAACUGGGUUUCGAAGCUGGCGUCAAGGCCAUGCUAGACGCUCAUAUCACCUACGACGAUGUCGACCAGGGUAUCGCAUGCUACGUUUAUGGAGACAGUACCUGCGGACAACGGGUCUUCUACCAGUUCGGCCUGACCAAGAUUCCCAUCUACAAUGUCAACAACAACUGCUCGACGGGUUCCACGGGCCUGGCAAUGGCCCGCACGAUGGUGUCGCACGGUGCGGCUGACUGUGUUCUUGUCAUCGGAUUCGAGAAGAUGAACCCGGGAAGCCUCCAAGCCUAUUUCAAUGACAGAGAGAACCCUACCGGGCGUCUGGGGUUGAUGAUGGCGGAAACAAGGGGCAUUACGAAUGCACCGGCUGCUGCGCAAAUGUUUGGCAACGCUGGAAGGGAAUAUAUGGAGAAGUACGGCGCGAAGGCAGAAGACUUUGCCGAGAUCGCCCGCAUCAACCAUGAGCACUCGAAGCGCAAUCCUUAUUCCCAGUUCCAAGACGAGUACACUCUGGAGCAAAUCCUCAAAUCCCCUAUGAUCCACGAGCCUCUCACCAAGCUCCAGUGCUGCCCGACCUCCGAUGGCGGUGCUGCCGCCGUCAUUGUCUCGCAGGCCUUCCUUGAUGCUCGCCCGCAUCUAAAGGACCAGGCGGUCCUUAUUGCUGGCCAGACGCUUGCGACUGACGCCCCCUCGAUAUAUGACCGCAGUUCGAUCGAUCUGAUGGGCUUCGAGAUGGCGCGUCAUGCGUGCCGCACGGCCACGGCGGAGGCUGGCGUCAACGUCAAGGACAUCAAGGUGUGCGAGUUACAUGAUUGUUUCUCGGCGAAUGAGAUGAUCACAAUCGACGCGUUGGAACUGUGCGAACCAGGCAAGGCGCACGAGAUGGUCCGUCGCGGAGACAUCACAUACGGUGGCAAGAUGGUCAUCAACCCGUCGGGUGGUCUCAUCUCCAAGGGCCACCCGCUGGGUGCAACCGGCAUUGCUCAAUGUGCCGAGCUGGUCUGGCAUCUGCGUGGCUGGGCCAAUAACCGUCUGGUGGAGGGCACGUCGGCUGCCUUGCAGCACAACUUGGGCUUGGGCGGCGCUGUCGUGGUCACCGUGUACAAGCGGGCGGAUGGCAAAGUCGCAACCCCGGUUUCGUCGGAGGAGGUCGCCAAGAUUACGGGUCUGGGCUACAAUCCCGCCGUCGAGGCCAAGGGCUUUACAGCAGAGCAGGCCCGAUCAGUUCUGAGCAAAGAGAACUCGAGUGAGUGGGCACGGGCGGACGUGCAGGAGAAAGUCCUGGCUCGAUUUUAA